AUGUCCGGGACCGAUAUGCGACGGAGGGUGACGGCCCUCAGUCGCCGUCAGGUGCGCAUAUUUGGUGCAGUAGCCACCGGGUGUUGCGGCCUUGGGUUGUAUGGUUGCUACAGCAAGUUUUUUCUUCCGGAGUAUCUGCGCGAAGACCAGCGUAGGAGGAUGCCAAUGCCGGUGAGGAGAACAAAGCUUUACGUCGCUGGGACAUCAAUGGGCGAUGGCUUGCUGCCGGAGGUGCGGUCUAUGCCAAAAGUGGUGUUUUUCUUCUACGUUGCGUACCGAGUCGUGCUGCUUUUUGUAGGAUGCGUUCCUGUUCUGUGGUACGGGUUUCUCACGUACAGCUUGGGGCUGUGCCCUGAACAAAUAUUUUAUGAAAAGAUGCUUGCCUUCCUCUCAUCAAUGGGACCGAGCUACAUCAAAUUUGGGCAGUGGAUGGCAACGCGUCCUGACUUUUUCCCCAAUCAAAUGUGUAAGACGCUUGAAAAGCUGUAUGACAGUACCGAGCCGCACAAGUGGUCGCACACCGAGAAGUCUCUCCGCAGGGUGUUCACCGACGGACCUUGCAAAGGGCACAAUGCCCUUCGCUACAUCUCCGAGAUUGAAAAGGUUCCGAUCAAAAGUGGUAGCAUUGCACAAAUACACCGAGCGAAGCUCCGCGAGAGCAUUGACGGCAUACCAGCUGGGACGGAACUCGCUCUCAAGGUCACACACCCUCACAUACGCGAACAGGUGUCGGCCGACCUGGCAGCUAUGCGUCUUUUUGUUUGGGUCGGAAACAGAAUUAUUCCCGGCCUGCGCUACUUUAAUUUGGAUGCGAGCAUCAACGAGUUCUCUUCACUGGUUCGGUCUCAGCUCAAUCUGCUAGUUGAAGCCGAUAAUUUGAUGCAGUUCAGGUACAACUUCCGCAGCUUCAACGGUGUUAUUUUCCCCACACCACUGAUGUCUCUGUCUACGGAAGACGUGCUCUUCGAAACAUUUGAAGAGGGUGUGCCGCUGCACAAUGUUAUGUACAGCGAAGAAUACAGAGGUGUGGCGGAGCUGGGGUGUCACAUGUUUUUCAAGAUGCUCUUUGAGGACAACUUUGUGCACUCAGAUUUGCAUCCCGGAAACGUUUUUUUGCGCACAAAUAAGACGGAUGGUGUUCGGCAGUACUACCCUGACGGCAAGCGAAAGCUGCGGUUCGAGGUCGUGGUUCUCGAUACUGGUCUUGUCACGACCCUUUCCAGGGACGAGCGCAACAACUUUAUCUCGCUCUUUGCCGCUGUGGCUUGCGGUGAUGGUGAGCUCGGUGCGGAUCUAAUGAUUGAUCGUUUGCCUCACUCCAUGAGAGAUGCACAGGAUCCGGUAAACAGGGAGAGGUUCAAGCAACAGAUGAAGCAGGUCUUUGACUUGGUUUCUCCCGAAGCGGCAGGCUUCCGGCUCAGUAAAGUCCAGAUUGGCACUGUCCUGGGAAAGAUAAUGGAGACGGUCCGUGAGAAUCACAUUCCUUUGGACGGCAACUUUGCUUCACUCGUUCUCUCAGUGAUUGUGGGGGAGGGUCUGGGUCGAAAGCUGCUGCCCGACUUCAACAUUUUUGCUGAGGCAGCACCAUAUCUCAUCGCCUUUCUCGAGGAUGGAGAGCUUUUCUUUCUGGCGAACAAGCUUCAGGGCACGUACGGCGCUACCGCUUUGUUGCGAGACUCGGUCGAUAUUGUGAGACCAUCGAAAGUCGGUACGUACGCUGAAAUGGCGGUGAAAAAGGGCGAGCAUAUGGUACAAAAGUUUUUCACAUCGGACAAGGCACAUGGCUAG